UAUAUAUAUAUAUUGAAAACAUAUAAUAUAUAAUAAACAUGGGGAGACAUAAAGAAUGGAGAAAAAUUGCUAAACGUGAGAGGAGACGAAGAAUUCGCACAAAAAUAGCCAAAGAUAGAGUUAAAAAUCUUAAUAUUACAUCAGAAGAAUAUGAAGAGUGGAUGUUUGAGCAGGAAUUACUAGAAAAGUUUGAACUGCAACAAAUAGAAUUAAGAAAUAAGAUAGAAAAUGAAAAGUGGCUCAAAGCGGAAGAAAUAGCUAUAGAAAAAUACAAUCGCAUUGCAUUGGAAAAAGAAAUGCAAGAGAGAAAACAAAUUGAAAUGGAAAUUAAGUUGCAACAAGAAUUGGAGUUGGAAAAGCAGCGCAAAGCCAAAGAAGAGGAAAAGUUAAAGGAGAUUGAAGAGAAAAACAGGAUCAAACAAGAGAAGUUCAUAAAAAGUUUAGAAAAGUUUUUAUCAGGAGAUUCUUUUAGACCUCCAGUAGAACUGUUAAUUUACCGUGAAAGUCGACCCAAUUCGGAAAUAUGUCCAUUUUUCUUCAAGACUGGUUGCUGUCGUUUUAGUGAUGAGUGUUCAAGAAAUCAUCAAUAUCCUGGAAUUAGCAAGACUUUGUUGGCCACUAACUUUUAUGUACAUUUUGGCUUAGAAAAUGCUAUUGUAAAUGAAAAGGAUUCUGAUAUAAUGUUAGAAUAUGAAGAUAGUGAAACAAAUAAGCAUUAUGAGGAAUUCUUUUAUGAUGUUCUACCAGAAUUUCAAAAGUAUGGUGAAGUUAUUCAAUUUAAGGUGUGUAAUAAUUAUGAAAGGCAUCUCAGAGGAAAUACAUACGUAGAAUAUGCUGAUAUAAGAAGUGCGGUACAAGCCUAUCGUGCUUUACACGCUCGAUGGUACGGAGGAAAACAAAUAUCAUUGCAGUUUUGUAAUAUUUAUUCAUGGAAAAGAGCAAUUUGUGGACUUGAACUUAGAAAUCGAUGCCCUAAAGGAAAUUCCUGUAACUUUUUACAUGUUUUUACAAAUCCAGGGGGACUAUAUAAUGAAAUAGAAUGUUAUCCGGAAAGGAGGAGGACAUCACCAACUCGUUCAUGGCGAUGGUCAGAAUCACCAGAAAGAGAACCUCGUAGAAGAAGACGCUCAAAAUCGAGAGAGCGAGAAGGCCGACGUAAAGAUAGCGAAGAAAGGAGACGACGCCGAUCGUCGAGUAGAAGGCGAUCUGACAAGAAUCAAUAGACUAUUUUAUGUUUUUAAAAUAAUAUAAAACUAAACCUAA